UACAGAAGUCGAUAGCUGAUAAAAAUAAAUAUUGUGAAUUUGUGUUUAGUAUUAUUCAAAAGUUAUUGUUAGCGUUUAAAUGGGUAGUCACGUGUAUAACAACGUCCGCGAUUUAUAUGAAAACUAUGCUUUUACUGAAGAAAUGAGUAGCAGAAUGCAGGUCCCCAAACGCAUUAUUUUUUCUGGUGGAACCAAUGAAGAUGAGGAACUCAGCAUGGAAAGCAAUAGCACAAGUUAUUCUUCCGAAGACGAAUCACAAUAUGAAAUGCAAGUGCCAGAAAGGAUCCUUGUCGUCGGAACCGAAGAAGAUGAUAAAAUCGGCAUGGGAAGCUAUAGCACAAGAUAUUCCUCCAAAUCAGAUUCCAAAUAUGAAAUGAAAGUGCCAGAAAGGAUCCUUGUUGUUGGACAAGAUCAGCAUGUUGGGAUGAAAGCACCUCCUCAUGAGCUUGUUUUGGAAAAUUCUAUUCUAUCUAUGAACAACUACCCUCCCAUUCGUGUUCGGACUCCACCAAGAUCUAUUACUGUUGAUGCUGUACCUAACAGCUUGGAUCAUGAAGAGGAUUUUGAAAGUGAUGAUGAUAAUAACCAAACUGAUCCUGAAUUUAACAAGCAAGAGAUGGUGUUGAUUGCUGACAAAAAUAGUUCAGCAAUGAUGUUAUCAGAUCCACCUCAACUUACCCUGUCAGCCUCUCAACUGACUGAAGAAGUCUUUGUAUUGAGGCAGCAGAUUGGGCGUCUACACCGACGUAUGGCAGGCUUUGAAAGGGAACAACAACAAAGGCAACAGCGCGAUGCUCUCGCGGUCUCUAUAGGAGCAGUGUAUCUUGUUUGGAAAGUCAUUUUGUGGCUAACUCGUUCUUCGUAAUGUAAAAUAAUCAAAUAAACAUGUUAGAUGUGCAAA